AUGUGCACCACUGCAGCGUCUGCCGUCUGCAUCAGCAGUGAUGGCGAGGCGGUAACCACGUCGGCAAUCUUCGCGGAGGCUGUGUCUGGAUCGCAUGUGCUCCUGAUCAAGGGGUUCUCCCGGACCAAGGGAAACGGCAACGGCAAGUUCUUCAGAUCCAGCUCAUUCACUGUGGGUGGCCAGCGCUGGUAUAUGAAAUUCUACCCCGAUGGUGAUCGAUCCGAAAGUGCCGAUUGGAUAUCGCUCUAUGUGCAGCUCGAUGAUAGCGACGAUGUGGAAGUGAAGGCUCGACUCAAAUUCAGCGUACUUGACGACAUGGGUGGAUCCGUGCCGACGUUUAGUCGGGAAUCCUCCUCUUUGGAUAUCUUCUGCUCCAAACAUCAAUCCUGUGGUUUCACCAAAUUCGUUGCAAGGAAGGACCUGGAGGAAUCGUCUUAA